GCCGAAUUUUCAAAGGGCCCCACGAAGCUUUAAUGAUGAGCAUUUAAUGAAGAGAAUAGCGUCCUCGUUGUUAUAAACAAACCAAGCGGCUUUUGUGGAAAAACAUUCGUGGUGCCGAGCGUGUAGCAUUAAAUUUUCGUGUCAAAACGGAAGCGAAGCGUAUCCGGUUAGUCAAAACCAAAAGUGACCUUCGCCAGAGGAAUGUCUAUGUGUUGUCGCUCUCUAGUUGAUUUUUGACGGACUUUUCGAAGUGCCUUGUUGCUUGUGGUCUCUCGAUUUCAAUCGUAAGCGUCUUGGCUUUUAAACGAGGCCACAAUUCGCCAUGGUUCGCGUUUGUGUGCGAAGGAAUUCCGACUCGCAACAUUCACGUGCAAUUUACGAAGCCAUUAAAGGGAUUUGUUAUCAGAAGCAGUGCCCGAACGAGGAGCGAAUCUUGCGUUUCGUCCUGCGUGAAUUCGACUGGAAGCCCGCCGACAUCUUAAAGCAAUUACACUUUGCCGUAGAGGACGGAUUAUUUCGAGAAAGCAUCGCGAUUUCGCACAAGGGCAGCAAGAAAGGCAACGAGCAAAUGUCGUAUCGAAUUAUCAACACUGACAAUGCCGUGGAAUUAGACGCUAAUGGCAAUUCACAAGCCGAGGUAAUUAUACCUGUACUUGUAUAAUAUAUUGUCCUUCUUGAUGCCGUAACUUAUAUUGUAAACAUAUCUCUAAAGAGCUGUUUAUGUUUAAACUACAAAGCUGUCUUCAUUUUUCGGAAAUUCGAGCUGGUUCUGUACGAUUUUAUUUUCGCUUUUGAUACUCAUAUUAGCAUUAAAGCGUCAUGCCAAUGCCUGGGCAUUUUUGGACGUAAUUCGUUUGGAAAGGCACUACAGUAUCCACUAUCAGUGUUUUGUUUGUCGAAUACGAUGCAAAGUUAAACAAUUCAUGUCAUUUUAUUUGUUUUAUGCCCGUCAGACAUAGAAAAUAUUCAAAGAAUGAAGUCUGGGGUGCGUGACAUAUCGCAUUCGUAUUAUAGUUUUGAAGUUUAGCACAAUGUGAAAUAAAUUUUGACAGAUUGCCACUUUUCUGCCUACCCUCUGCCAGCUGUCGGGCUAUCUUAACCAAAUUUUCGAGGAUAUAAAUUAAGAUACAGGGAUAUAUCACCCUCGCAUGAGACGCUAGUCUUGGGGUGGGGUUGAUUUACUGUAGGGGGUAUGGGGGAAUGCGCACCCAGUCUAGAGGUGUCUAGUACCCCCUCAAGAUGUCCAGCACUACCCUAACAAAAUCUGCUUGACCAUACAUUUUCUGCUUUUCGAAUAGCGAUCAGCGGGACUUCUACUGUCAGCAAGUGUCGAUUUCUUGAAAUGAUUUAGUUGAUUUGUGAGCUCACAAAAAAUACUCAGAAUUAUGCUUUAGUUCAAUAUCAUGGUUAAACGUAAACAUGUCGAGGUUUGUAUACAGCGAUAUUUUCAAAUAUACUGUACUUCAACAAGAAAAUUUAUUGAAACCGUGCUACAGCAACUGUCCAAUCACGCAUAUGUGAUAAAAAGCCGAUGUACACUUUAUAAACAAAAGGUAAUGUUAAAAACGUAACAGACUGGCGAACAUGCGGAUUUGGCCAUCUCCAAUAAUGGUAAUGUUGGGAUAGUAGUGUUGCAGACUGCAGAGGAGAUGUGAUGCACUACCCUAGCCUAGUUCCUCAGCCUUUUCACUUGCGCCUGAUUAUUAAGGGUGAUUUUUUAAAGGCAUGCAGGAAAUGUGCAGUCUACAAAUUCCGUGAAGCCUGCAACUCGCCCGCGGGGCGUGGGUGGAAGGCUGAGGAACUAGGCUUGCAUGACCCCAUGGAAAACCUGCAACCCUCUUUGCAGAUGAGUACCUUGGUUUGCCAAGCUGAUUUUAUCCCAUCCAUGUUGACAUGAGACUUUUGAGACGGGCUGGCUGGCUUGCCAAAACAGACCACUUGUCUCACUGCUAUAAAUAGUGCAAUAUAAAUUGGCAUUUUGUAUCAUUUUAGGAACUUAGACCAGACGAGGACAGCGGUCAUGACUGGUACUGCUUUGAUUGUCAGGAAUCGGGCGAAGUUAUUUUGUGUGAAUUCUGUCCGCGAGUGUUUCACAGAAAAUGUGCCAAAGCCCAUUAUAUUUCUCAAGAAGAACACUGGAAAUGUCCAUCGUGCAAGGUACAAAUUAUUAUUACUAAAAACUUAUUUAAACACAAGGUCCACUGGACUCCAGUUCAGUGUACACGCAAUUAAAUUGCGAUUAAAUUAAUACAUUACGCAAGUGCGACUAACACCAAAUAUGAUUUUUGGCAUGUAACUUCGCGUUUUUGUUUAUGUUUAAUCGAUUUGUUUUAAUUGCUUCGAAUAAUUGUUUUUACACCACAAUGAGUACAGGGAUGGAUCCAGCAUGAUCUGGUAGGGGGGUGCUCUGGUGCCGACUGCCGAGUUGUGUCGGUCAUGUGUGCCGCCCGCCCAUCAACUACUGUAUUUGAAUUGUAAUUGUUGUUCACAGUUCACUUAUCAUCAUGUUAUUACUCAAAUUACUGUAUCUCAUUUUGUCUUUUUUGCUUUAUCAUGAAAAAUAGCACCUCCCCUGCACCCCCUCUGGCCAGAGCUAGGGGUGCCCCCCCCCCCAGUAAAUCCAUCCCCGAAUGAGUCUAAUUUGGAUUAUUUCCCAUUUUAGGUGGGAGAGGAGAACAAUUCAAUGAGUUCAUUACCGAAAGAGAAAGUUGCCAAAAUGUUGGAAUUUACAAUCAAAAGAUUACGGGAAAAGGUAUGAUAGAAAAACUGGAAAUUUGUUUGAGAAGAACCUUUUGUAUGUUACGUAACACAUGCUCAAAACUAAUGCGUAUAAUAUACCACUUGAGGUUAUGAUUAAAUUCAAAAUUUUUAUUUUUUAAUAUGUUUCUCGAUCGGCAAACAAACUUAAAAAGUAUGCUUAGUGCUUUAUCUGUAAAAUAAUACUAAAAUGAAAAGAUUUUAGAUUAUACGCCAAGGAGAAAAUGAUGUCUGAAGUUCAGUAAGUUUGGCUUAUAGGUUGUAAAUAUGGCGUCAAUUUUAAAGCAUCAUUCAUAAUUGUAUUUUAAUUGACAAUUUUUUACAAUUAUUUUAUGUUUCUCAACCGGCAGAUGCAUUUAGAAAGGUAGCUAACUCUAUAAACUAGAGAAUAAAGCUAAAACAAAGUAAUGUUGGAAAAGGAAAGCCACAAAGAUGUAUGAUGUUUUUUGCGGAUAGAUGUGAUCACGCAGUCCCCCUAUCUCUUGAUGCUCAUAUUUUACCGGUGACCUUUCUCUAUUAUGAAACUAUAUCGAGUUUAAUGCACGAUAUAAAUAAUGGAAAAGCACCUCAAAAUAUAUUAAACUUAUUCGAGAAAUCAAUAAACACUUACACAGCACACGAUCAUAUACUUCAGAAAAGUUUUAUGUAAAAAGUUCUAGACUAAACACACAAGAGUAUUCUUUUUCACGGCUUGGAGUAAAACUAUGGAAUGAGAUACCAUGCCAUGUAAGUGACCUAUCUAAGAAUUUAUUUAAAAGGACCAUUCAACAACUUCCAUUUAAAAUAUUGGAAAAAGAAGAUGACUACAUUCAAAUCCCCAUGAUAAUUGAAAAAAUUAAAAACUAACGCUAUUCUUACUUUCAGUAAUGUACACUAAAUAUUGUACAAUAUAGAAAUAUUCCCAUUAUUGUUAAGUCAAAACAAUUGUGACAAUCCUGAUCUAAGCUCAGUCUGCUCUUCAUUACUUUAUAUUAUAUAUCACUCUAUUAUAUGUGUAUAACUAUUGUAGAUACUUUAUAUCUUAUAUUUAAAAUACUACCUACUUGCCCUGCCUCGAUUAACUCUAUAGUAAAUAUAUGUAAUUUAUAAUUAUUAUUAUUAAAAUUUGAAAGUUGAAAGUUGAAGUUGAAAGAUUUUAAGACUAAGUUUUAAACACUUUUCAUUGCAAAUACGUGACAUUGAAAAAAAUUGCCUCUUAAUCAAAAUUAAUUCAGUCCUUGACCUUGUACUGAAUCAAAAGUGAUUCACCUCACUUUAAAUAUUGAUAUAUUCGUAAUAAUAAUAACUUUAUUCAUAACAAAAUACCAAUACUGGUACAUAAUGAAUACAUAACAUUCAUGUAUAAAAAGUAUUACUGUCGUUUCAAUUGAAGUGUUGAUAAAAUCACAGAAUAGAUAUCGGACCAGAAGUGUCACUCCUAUUUGUUUUGGCUGAAGGAAAACGUCCGAAUGCACUACAGGAUGGCGUCAUAUGAUGUAGGGAUGAGCCGAUAAGGAAAAUUGCCGAUUACUGAGGCCGAAUUUUUAUUAGCCGAUUAUUGUAACUAAUCGGCCGAUUAAUCGGUACCUACCGAUUAUUUUAAAAAGCAAGCGAAAAAUCACAAGAUGACCAACAAUGAAGUUGUAAAUGCGGUUUUAUUGUUUACAAUACACACUUUGUACAAUUAAAAACAGCUUCAGUCUCUCAUGUCAAUAGUCAAAGUUUAGUUUUGGCAGAUUAUGGUGUAAAAACAAGGCACUGUCAGCUAUGGGGAGCUAGUCUGCUGCGUUUUUUUAGUGGAAAUGUUCCCAGCUUCACUUCGCUUGAGACAAAAGACACAGGUUUGGCAACAAAAUGUGAAAUCCUAAUAGGGAGUUUACGAUCUACGACGCGGCCGGCUCGACGACGCAAAUUUUUUUUCCGUGGACAGUCGGACUCCUCUUUGAUAGUCGGACGCAUCAUUGACCCGCGCCCUUAAACAAAAUAUUCAGCGGAUACUCUUCUUAUCAGAUGCGUCUUCCCAGUGUGUCUUGCGCACGCAACUGGUGAUUUCAAAAUAUUGUAUUGUUUGGUUGAGAUGUCAAAAUCUGAGCAGGACACAUUGUGGCUUCAUACCUUGUGUGGUGAUGACAUCUAACAUAUUUUAUUAAGUUAUAUUGCCAUUUCCACUUGCUUUUCUGCAACUCAACUGUUUUUUGCAGAAUACCCGUCCACUUUUUAGACUUUUUAAGCUAAGCCUUUCAAACACGGACACGAUGUAUUAAUACAUCUAUAUUUAUUCUCAAUAGAUUAAUAAUAAAUACAUUGAUAGUCUCAUAGUCUAGUAAAUGAUAGAUUAAAAUCCCAUGGUGGUAAAGGUAGCUACGAGGCAUACAGUGACUUAGCAUGAAUAGAUUAAAUUGUCAUAGUGUUGAAGGUAGCUCAAUAUAUUCUAGUGGAUACGCGUGAUACGCAGUCAAGUCGGUUAUUUUGAGAACGAGGCAUACAGUUAGAUUAGCAUUAGAUCAAAUUCUCAUACUAUAGGUAGCUCUAUAUUUUAGCGGAUACGUGGAUACGCAGUCAAGUAGUUAUUUUGAGAUCAAGGCGACAGUUAGCAUUAAUAGAUUAAAUUCUCAUGCUAUAAAGAGCUUAAAUAGUUAAAUGUGGUGUAAUAUGUAAAUAUGUUCCUCACAACCGGACAUUGGUGUUUGACAGAUUAUGAUUAAUUAGCGUCGCUGGGAGAAAAAAUUUAUAUUAUAAAGCAUAUUAAGCAUAAUAAUAUUAAACAUUAAAAGUCUUGCAUGAUAUUUCUUUUAUUGUAUCAAUUCGUAAUAUUGGCUUAGAAAUUAGUUUGUGUAUAUUAGAAUAAGGCAAUAAGAUCUGGUAUAUUAUACAUAUCCAGUGAAAUGUGGCUGGGCUACAUGAUAUGAUAUUACUAGUGGACGGGUAUUCUGCAAUACUUCUAUUUGUGGAAAGUGGUUGUGAUGGUCGCUGUGAAUCUUCCAAUAUUUCCUUGCACGCUAGUUAUCUUAUACUGAUUCUGUUCAAUUAGGAUGGUAUAUAAUUUUAUAGGAUGGUAUAUAAGUUUGUAGAUUUGCUAUAGCAUCGCGAAGAAAAUCUUUCUUCACGUGGUCGAAGACUGGAACAACGCGGAAUGAUGGACAUAUGGUAUACCAGUGGGUUAUGCAGGGUACGAAGGGAUCGAUCGAUAACGCGCGGCGGCCUGGGCGCGGAUCAAUGAUGCGUCCGACUAUCAAUGAGGAGUCCGACUGUCUACGGAAAAAAAAUUUGCCUCGACGACGCGCUUUCAAAACAAAGAAAUUUGGUGUUUCCACAAACAAUAGUAUUAUGUGUUUUAUCGCCAUGCAAACAUACAAAGAACUUACAAAGAAAUUUGUCAGGCAAGACAAAAACUGUCAAUAAUUUGUGGUCCCAUGACUCCAUGAGUAUUGUCAACCGCGUUGUCAUUCUCAACACAACGUUAAAAAAGCAUUAUUACGUCUUCCAGGCAACGCGAAAGCUUAAUGCGACACAAGAGGUAUUACUAAAAGUCGAAAUUACAGCAAACAUUGCAUCGCUUUAGCCGAACGUAGCAUUUUGUAAGGUUAUUUGAAAGAGUCAAAUAUUUAUUACAGUAAUCGAAUUGCUUAGCGCUCAUUCUUGAGCUAAAAUCUAGACCGCGUCGUCGAGCCGGCCGCGUCGCAGAUCGUAAACUCCCUAAUAUCGUCUGAGUGACACUUCUGGUCCUGUAUCUAUUCUGUGAUAAAAUAUUGCAUGAAUUCAUUUCCUCAAGUCGAUCAAUUCAUACGAAUUCAAAUUUCUUUUUACUUCCUGUGCGUUUCCUAUUGGUCAAUCGGUUCUGAAACGAAAUCUAAUUGGCUCAUCUAAAAGUAACAGGAAAUUGAUCAAUUUUCUAUCAAAUGAAUUGGUCUGGCCGAGGUAAUGUAUUGAAUCAAUAUUUGAGGAACACUUCAAUUGGAACGACAGUAAAUCAGUAUUAAUUCGUAUGAGAUGUCAUUUCAAAUCAUCUGCUUCGGACUGGACUAGAUUUCAAGUCCUCCCAUUUUGAUCGAGUCCUUUGGACUUGAAAUUCUAGUUCUGUCCUCAUAGUCGGACGUGAAAUAUAACAUAAAGUUUUUGCUCAGGGGUGGGUAUUAAUUUUUUUUUAAUUGAUAUUUGAGGUUGGGUAAAAGUUGUUUUUACUUUUUGUUGGUUUAAUCAGCAAAAUUUUUACCACGAAAAACAUUUCUCUUUGGUGCCACCCCCCCCCCCCCCCCCAUACAUAUAAUGAACGAUCCCCUAGUAGUUUCUUUCUUGGACUGCACGUAAUAGAGGUGUGCAUCGGAUCGGAUUGGACGUUUAUAAUCCGACAAUUGCCUAAUGUUUCAAAUCCAAUCCGAAAUUGUCUAAUCCGAAUCCGAUCCGAGUUUUGAUAAAGAAUUCCAAUCCGAUCCGAAUAAUUCUUUAAUAAAAUAAAUUUCUCAUUCAAGUUGGAAUAUUUAACAAAAUAAAUAUAAAAGCAAGAAAUACAUGUCAGGAAGCUGACAAAGUGACGUCCAAUUGAAGUAUCAAAUGAAUAAUGCAGCGACAACCGCGAUAAUGCUUUGAUAAAUGCAUGGAUAAUUAAUUCUUGCGAUAAUGCGUGGAUAAUUAAUUCAUUUUAUUUCGGAUAUCCAAGUCCGAUCCGACUACGAAACAACUUUAUCAAUCCGAUCCGAAAUGAAUAUUUUGCUUCCCAAAUCUGAACGAAUCCGAUCGGAUUCGGAUCGAUUUCGGAUCGGAUUUGCACACCUCUAGUACGUAGUUUAAUUAAUACGAAUCGUUUAUUUUGUUUUAGUUCAGUGAGUUAACCAAACAUGUAUCCAUCGAGCAUUGUCCUGACUACGACUUGUACAUUAACCAUUCGACAGACUUGAGCUGUAUUGAAACGGUAAGUACACGAAUAGAUCGUAUAACAUCUCGUUGCCAAAUAAAUUUUGAUCUAGGCAAGAAGAACAAAAUCCAUCACCACAGCUAGAAAGAGCGUGUUAAAAUGAGUAAAAUUGCAAAGUUUGGUUGCGAAAUGUUGUAAAAUGCGGAAAAUAUAGCCCUACGAAAUUUGCAAAUUUUGUAUUACACUUUCGGCCCAAAUGUGGUGCAUUUUCCCACACGACGUAAAUUCAAAUUAAUACAAAAUUUGCAACUUUUGCAUGCAUGGUUAUAUUUUCCGCAUUUUACAACAUUUUGCAACCAAGGUUUGCAAUUUUGCUAAUUUUAACAUGCUGUUUCUAAUGAUGUAUGUGAUGUCACUCUGAGUAUAUAUCCACACCGGGCAAUAUGCCGGCCACGGUGGGAACCGAAAAAUAUGCCGGCCACGGUGGGAAUCGAACCUACGACCUUUGGAAUACCAGCUUAAUGCUCUGCCAACUGAGCUACGCGAUCAUGAUCCAAAAUCAUGAUUACUAGAUUGCAUUGAUAUGGAAGGAACUAUAGACUCAGUUCCGAAAUAUCACAUACUCGCACCGACCUGACCGCGUAGCUCAGUUGGCAGAGCAUUGGGCUAGUAUUCCAAAGGUCGUAGGUUCGAUUCCCACCGUGGCCAGGUAUAUUUUUCAUGCUUGCCCGGUGUGGAUAUACACUCAGAGUGACAUCACAAACAUCAUAUUCACCUGAGUACACAACACCAACACAGAAAAAAUCAUGCUCUUUCUAGCUGUGGCGAUGGAUUUUGUUCUUGCCUCAAUCAAAAUUUAGUCUAUGCCUUGAAUCAUCCAUUGGUACAAUUGAUUUUGCGAACUUUCAAAUUAGUUUAGAUGUAAAGGCAAUGGUAAAAACUGUCGCGAACGUGUCGUGAAUGAGUCCAUAUUCCGAGAUCCAGAGAUUGUUUGCUAUGCUUAAUUGUUCCCAGUUGUCGAAAAAAGUUUGGAAAGUUAACAACUUGUAACAAGCUUGAUGGCAUUAUCAGCUUGAUAACAUUAUCUAACAAAGUCUGACACAGUCGUGAUAUAACAAGAAUGUAUCAAGGUCGAUGACACAAGGUUGUAACAAUAUCGUUAUAUCAUAACCGUAUCGGACUUCAGGCUGGAACAAUCUUAAAACAAGUCCGAUAAUAUCAACAAGGUUGUUACGAGUUGUUAACAGCUUGUACCAAACUUGUUGACAACUUGGGACAAGCAGCGCGAACACAACUUGUUGGCAGACUUGCUACAAGAUGUAAGAGUAGACGCGUCUUCAAAAUUAACACGUUACUUAUAUACAUUAAGAAACAUGCAACCGUUUCAAAUGUCAGCUAUAGCGAGAGCCCAUGCAACACAAUGUAUUUUAUAUCAUUCUUUUCAUUUCAUUUCAUUUCUAGGACGUUGUGGAAGAGAAAUUCGCUUCGCCAGGACAAUUUCUUGAAGAACUCAAAUACAUUCUGCACAACGCCAUUAUAUAUUUUGGAGGUUUGUCCGUCUUUUUUUCUAUUUAGUUAACAAUCAUAGGCAUUAUGUUUGCGAUGUUACUCUGAGUGCAUAUCCACACCGGGCGAGCUUGAAAAAUAUGCCCGGCCACGGUGGGAUUCGAACCUACGACCUUUGGAAUACUAGCCCAAUGCUCUUCCAACUGAGCUACGCGGUCAGGACGGUUCGAGUAAGUGAUAUUUCGGAACAGUAUCUAGUUCCUUCAAUACCAAUGUGUUCUAGUAAUAUGAAUUUUCUGUGUUGGUGUUGUGUACUCAGGUGAAUAAUAUGUUUGCGAUGUUACUCUGAGUGCAUAUCCACACCGGGCGAGCUUGAAAAAUAUGCCCGGCCACGGUGGGAUUCGAACCUACAACCUUUGGAAUACUAGCCCAAUGCUCUUAUUUGGAUAAUCGCUAUCCAAAUUUGGAUAGCGUUUGUUUAAGCCCAUUCCACAACUAUAGAGUAUAGAUAACUUACAUGUUUAGUUAUAUACCAUGAUCGAGCUUAAAUACAGGUGAAUAUUUGACAUUAGUAUUCCUGCACAAGUGAAUAUAACAAAUCCUACAAGUUGAUUGGUCAAAUUUGACGUAUUAAGCUGUUAUAUUCACCCACAGGUGAAUAUACAAAAAUAACAAAACCUUUGCAAAGUGGCGGCUAGCCGUUUUGUGGAAGUUACUGAUAAAGAAAUAAGCGAAAUUAAAAUGAACUCAGUCCCAAAAAAACACAAAAGACUUGUGCAAAAAUACUAAAACAAGCUCGGUGAUUAUCGGGGAAUAUUCACCUCAGGCUCGGUGAUUAUCGGGGAUUAUUAUAUGGCUUUUCAAAAUUCUCUAUUCUGAUUGGUUGACAAGCGGUCCGUAAAAACCCAUAUCCGGACCGUGGUCCGUCUGGACCGGUCCCGGAUGUCGUUUAUCUGGCGGGAAAUUUUUGCUUUGGAAACAAUAAAAAUUUUUGCUUUUUAAUUUUUCAAUUGUGUGUCAUUAACAUUUACAGAUAAAAAUUUCAAACAACCGAAUUGUUUUUGAUUGAGCAUGCAUGCCUACCGUAAGAUAGCCGAUUUAAUUCGCGCGAAAAGCAUAUGCUCACAGACUCAGUUCAGCCAUAUAAUAAACCGAUUAUUGACCUCGCUUGUUCGGUUUGUAUAUUAGACCUCUGUCUUUUGCAUGGACCUCGCUCCUUCGUCCCCCGCGGUCCAUACUAAAAAACCUCGGUCUGAUAUUUCACAGUGCAGACCUCACACGCUCGGUCAAUAAGCCGUUAAUAUUCAUCUCGACUUCGUCUCGGUGUUGAGUAUUUCUAUUCAAAACUCGGAAAAACUAAAAUGCACUGGCUUCAAUCCCCCCCUCGAGGGUCAAAUGGGUCAACAUAGAAUCCAAUGGGUCAACCAUGACUAUUGUGUAGAAAUCAGACGAGUGCUUCAGUUUUAAUGAGUUAGACUGACGUUUAUAUCAACUUGUGUGUUCCAGAUGACGAUGAAUUUACUGUGAUGGCUGAAGAAUUGAUCGAAGAUGCCAAACAAGAGGUAAAUAGCUACAUGACUUGCUCCAUAUAGCGAGCCGUUUAUUUCCUCAAAUAAGACACCGGUCAUUAUUUAUGGCGGGGGGGGGGGUGGCAAGGGUGGGAUAAACAAAAUUUUGAGUGGGUAAAGGUUGGGAAUUGUGGGGCUGCCAUCGGGGGUACUUGCUGCGCGGGAGAAUAGCCGCCCAUCUGAUAGUUGCUAUGGCUACUGCUUGCUGGGGCGGGCAGUUGUUUUUGGCUAAACGAGUAGGGAGUCUUUUUCCAUAAUGCGCCGCCCUCCGGAACCACCGAUCGAGUAUUAGGCGACGGUGAUUUUCCCCUAGUCGGCAUCUCCGACCGCGAGGUCACCUUCCACUCGGCUUGGGAAAUCGUCGUGUUCCCAGAAGGGAACGCCGUCGUCUGCAUGUACUUCGAAGUCUCAAUCUUGCUCGUCCGAUGCGUCGAAAUUGGCGGACGCUCAGGGUUGACUCUGUGCGGUUUCUGGGUGGCAAGGUUGUAAGGCGGGGGUGACUUGGUCAUGGGAAAUUGCAUCUGGCUGAUGGAGGUUGGGGGUUCACGGCCUCGCAUCGCAUUGGGAUUUAUUCUCUGGAAACCAUUAUUGUGCGCCAUAGCCCGGACGAAAUCAAAAUUGGCAGGCGAUAAAGGAUUCUGAGAUAACGCAUCCUGGUAAAAAAAUAGCAUGAGUUUAGAGAGCGGUCAUUAUUUAUGGGGGGGGGGUGGCACCGAAGAGAAAAGGGUUGGGUAAACAAAAUUUUGAGUGAGUAAAAGGUUGGGUAAAUGAAAAACAAAAUGUAAAAAUAUUGGGUCUUGUUAUGACAGGCACACUUCAGUGGAAAGAUAACAUCAGAGAGAGUAUAAAGAAAGCUAAUAAACGCCUCUAUUUUAUAGUAUUAUUGAAACGGGCAGGCGUAAAUGUCAAUGAUGUUUUGAACUUUUAUUGUACAGUGAUCAGGCCUGUGCUCGAGUAUUGUGCGCAAGCCUUCCAUCAUUCCAUCCCAAAGUAUUUGGCAGACGAACUUGAGUCUGUCCAGAAACGUGUGCUAAAAAUUUUAUCUCCUGAAAUGACAUAUUGUGAGGCCCUUGAGUAUUAUAGACUGCCUACUCUAUUUCAAAGAAGAGAGGACAUGUGUGACAAACUCUUUACGAGUAUCAUCAAGGAUCCAAUGCAUAAACUUCAUCAUCUGCUGCCCCCGAAGAACGAGACUGAUUAUUCUUUCAGGACGAAUCGGUAUUUUAAUAUGUACGUUACACGCACGAACCGCUUUUAUAACUCUUUAUCCCUGCUAUGUGUAGGAAGUUUGUAGGAUAGAUUUUAUGCUUAUUUUAAUCGAAUUUUGAUCGAGGGUGGGUUUUAUAAUAUUGUAUUAAUAAUAUAUUUAUAUGUAGUGCAUGUGAUAAUAUGUAAUCCACGCCAUUCAGCUUCUGGCUGCAAUGUGGUUUCAAUUUAAUAAUAAUAAUAAAUAAUAAUAAUAGUUCGGAUUUUAAACUAGGCUCAGUUCCGAAAUAUCACCAACUCGAAUCGUCCUGACCUCGUAGCUCAGUUGGCAGAGCAUUGGACUAGUAUCCAAAGGUCGCGGGUUUGAUGCCCACCGUGGUCAGGCAAACUUUUCAGCCUGCCCGGAGUGGAUGCACACUCAGAGUAACAUCACAAACAACGAUAUGUAAAUCAAUCGGACUCACUAUCUUGAUCAUUUUUCGGAUCAUUUUUGGAUCAGCAAAAUUCUUGCCAAGAAAAAUAUUUCUCUUCGGUACCAAUCCCAGCCAUAAAUAAUGACCGCUCCCCAUUAGCAGGGUUUUUUUCAUUGAUUUUUUAGGGUCGUAAAACGGCCCCAAAAACUCAAUCUUGAAUUGAGUUUUGAAACUUAAUCUUCUCACCAAAGUUUCAGUGAAGUAAAAAUGAAGUUGUUUGAGUUGGAAAUUGUGGAAAUUAGUUUUCAGUUGGAAACACGACAAUUAAGAAAAAAUGGCUGGAAUUCAUCUCACAACACAAGAAAAACUAUGCAUUCGCCAUCUUUAACCAGUGUAUAGUGUACCUUAGUGCCCCUGCUUUAACAGUUGGCAUGUCAAGUACAUUUAUUGAGUACAGGUGUCGGGGGGGGGGGGAGACUUGAUUUGGGCUAUUGUGCACACGUUGGUCAGUUGAGGGGCAAUUUGAGGAGGACAACCCUCUCUUCUCUCCUCGCUUUUCCAUCGAUGUAUUUAUUUCCUUCGCUUGUGUUUAUUUAUUCGCAUCGCGUGUUUUCUGACUGUGCUUAGUACUCGCUGUUUCUACAUAAGUUUGUUUCAAUUCCAGAUAGAGGAAAUGCUCUUGUGCCCAGAUUGCUAUUAUCUCUCAAAUUCCAAGCCCAAAGAUUGGUUCUGUCAACCUUGUGUAAGUAAUUUUGAUAUUAUUAUUAUAUUUAAACUUAUUUAAACACGGUAGCCUUUCAGUUACCUGAUUUUCUAAGGGCCGUGCUCAGGGUCUUAGCUAGAAGGCCGUGUUGGCCGUGUUAUCGUGGCCAAAAAUGUAAAAACACGGCUAGAUGAAAUGAACGCGGCUUCAUUAUUUAGUUUUGGCCGUGCAUGUAGGUUCAUAAAAUAAGGUGUUGCUACUUAUAACAUACAGAAUUUCUUUGUAAAAGUGAUCCGUGAUGUUUUAAUGUUUUCAUGGAUAAUGGUCACCGUAGUGUUGUUAAAAUACAGUAAUUUAUUAUAAUGUCAGUGCGAAAUAUGAGCGUAUAUGCUCGCCUUGUAUUUGGUUGAAAAGCAUAGACCAACCACAGGUAUUGUCGAUUGUUGACAAGCAUAACUGGAAUCGUGUUUUUGGCUAUUCAAGGCAAUUGACAUGGGCACACCCUGGAAAUUUAGAAACACCCCCAAACUAUAAAAUGCUAGCUAAGACCCUGGACGUGCUUUAAAAAUCGGUUUGUAUUCACGUUGGGUAUCAUAAACUCGCGAUGAUUUCUCAAACAAUGAUGCUGGACCAUUCUUGUUGGAAGUAGAUUAUGAAGUUUAUGAUCCGGGCUGCAAUGUUCUUAAACAGUUUAAGACAAGCUUCCUCUCGUCUAGCGUCAAGAGUUAAAAUAAUUCAUGAGGUAAAGACAAAAGAAAUCUUUGCCGUAACGGUGGUUUUAUGUGUUAUAAAAAAUCAUGUUAAUUUACAUAAACUUUAGCUUUGACAAGGCAUUUUUUAAUCCAUGGACUGGUAGGGCAUUUGACCCACUGGGUCCCUUCCCCUGCCCCACCACUGAAGAAGAAAAUGGCCUAUUGCCCCAAAGUCAGGGCCCUAGGACCUGUAUUGAGUAAUUGAGUUUAACAUUGAAAAGAAGUUUAUGUUGUGUUUGAAUGUUUAGCAUGCAAUUUAUUACAAAUUUCACCAUUAAAACUUCGUUUUGAGAAGCUGAGAUUUUUUUCAAAUGUGUUUUCGGAAUGCAGGAAAUGCUAUAUUCAGAGACCGAAAUUUUAAAAAUUUCCUGGGGGGGCAUGCUCCCAGACCCCCUAGCUAACUCGUGUCUGCGGUACUCGGCUCACACCUUCGGCGAUCGCAUACUAUCUUGGGGGGAGGGCAAGAAAAAUGGGCCCUUUGGCAGUUUUGCCCCACCACUGAAGAAUCCUUAAAAAAUGCACCGAGCUUUGAUGUUCUCGUCUUAGACAACGUUUAUUUUUAAAAUUACUUCGCCAAUGAACUCAUCGGAUAGGUCUUGUUUAAGCCAUUUAAAACACUCGAAGUCCGUGUUUUAUCUGAUAAAAAAAGAAUCGAUCUGCGCUCUCGUGUUUUAUAUCAGAUAAAGAUCGGCUGGUCAUGUUUUAAAUAGUACUUCAAACACUCAUUAAUAAUUCAUAAGCUUAUUGGCAAAUCAUGUCAACCAUAAUAUGUCACGUGCAGUGGCUUUAAACCUGAUAAAACACUCCUAAUUAGUAUUCUUUAUAUAAAGAAUACUAAUAAGGCAGUAUCUAUUGUAGUCGUGUCCUCAUUAGUAUUUUUUAUAUAAAGAAUACUAAUAAGACAGUAUAUCUAUUGAAUUUGUAGUCUUGUUUGAAGCCGUUUAAUAAUCUCGCAGGUCGUGUUUUAUUAGGUCUAAAGCCACUCGCGCUGCGCGCUCGUGUCUUUUAAACCUAAUAAAACACUCCUGCUCGUUUAUUAACUAGUACUUAAAUUCUUUUUGAAACAGAAUCCUCCACAUGAACUGGUCUGGGCACAGAUGAAAAGUCAACCACCUUGGCCUGCUAAAGUGAGUUCUUACUUCCCAUUUACAGGGGGGGGGUUGGUCAACAGCGGUGCUAGGGGGAACUCUUAAAACUAUGUACCGUAAACCUCCGAC